AUGCCUUUGAUCAAGCCAUUAGCCUCAUUCGAAAACCUUGAACGAGCACAACACAAUUCAUUACAUAUUGAAGCACAUGAAACAAUGCCUCCAGUUGAACUAAGUAAUGUAUUGAAAAAAACUAUGGGUUCUAAUUCAGUUAGGUCCAAACGUUUUCGAGCUUUGGAUACACUUCGCGGACUUAUUGUCAUGUUGAUGAUAUUUGUUAACUAUGGUGGUGGUGGCUAUUGGUUUUUUCAUCAUGCAGCAUUGUCUUCCUCGCAUUUAGGUCUCGCUACCGAUGACUCGGGACCAGGUUUGGAAACAGUUCUACUCCUUGGUGUUCUCCAGCGAUUAGCCUUGUGCUAUUUGUUUACAGCAAUAAUCGUGUUUUUCGUUCCUGGUACUAAUGACGAGCCAAACACAAUACACUCGGCUAUUGGCGGCAAAAUCUAUCGACAUUGGCGUAUUGAUCUGUUCAACAGUGUUCUCCGCUUUUGGCUGCAAUGGCUUUGCGUCCUGUUGAUUACCAUCGCUUGGCUUCUUAUCACUUUUCUCCUCAAUGUCCCCAAUUGCCCAAAAGGCUAUUUGGGUCCUGGUGGUAAACAUGAACAUGGCAAAUAUCAAAACUGUACUGGGGAUUGGUCUAAAACUGGUGAUCUGAAUUAUGCCCGACGAACACAUACAGCAUCUGUAUUAGCGAAUGGAAAAGUUUUAGUUACUGGUGGACUUAAUAAUCAAGGUUUUCUAAAUAGUACUGAAUUAUACGAUCCAUUAACACAAACUUGGACAAUCACUGGUAGCAUGAAUAAUAAGCGCGCUGAACACACAGCAUCUGUAUUGGCGAAUGGAAAAGUGUUAGUUACUGGUGGACUUAACAAUCAAGGUUAUCUAAAUAGUACUGAGUUAUAUGAUCCAUCAACAGGAGUUUGGACAAUUACUGGUAGCAUGAGUAAUGCACGAGCUAAGCACACAGCAGCCGUGUUGAUGAAUGGAAAAGUGUUAGUUACUGGUGGACUUAAUAAUCAGGAUUUUCUCAAUAGUACUGAGUUAUAUGAUCCAUCAACAGAAAUUUGGACGAUUACUGGUAGUAUGACUGAUACACGAGCUGAACACAUAAUAUCCGUAUUAACAAAUGGAAAAGUAUUAGUUGCUGGUGGAUAUAAUAGUUUUGAUCGUUUACAUAGUGGCGAAUUGUAUGACUCAUCAACAGAGACUUGGACAACUACUGAUAGCAUGAAUUAUACACGAAUUCAAUUCGCAGCUUCUGUAUUAAUAAAUGGAAAAGUUUUGGUUACUGGUGGAUCGAACUAUAAUUUUAAUCGAAACAGUGCUGAAUUAUAUGAUCCAUCAAAUGCAACGUGGGCAAUCACUGGUAGCAUGAAUUAUCCGCGAUGGAAACACACAUCAUCCGUAUUAAACAAUGGAAAAAUAUUGGUUACUGGUGGAUUUCACCAUUAUCCUCUAGAUACUGCUGAAUUGUAUGAUCCAUCAACUGAAACAUGGACAAUUAUUGAUAGGAUGAGUAAUGCACGAGGUGAUCAUACAGCAUCCGUAUUAGCAAAUGGAAAUGUGCUCGUUACUGGAGGAGUUUAUGAUGGUGAACCUUUGAACAGUACAGAACUAUAUAAAUCAUUUCAAAUAAAUUAA